AUGAAGAGUUCAACAGACCCAGCUUCCCUUAGAGUGCCACCACAACUGAGCCUAGAUGGACGAGUGAUUAUUGUUACAGGCGGUGCUCGUGGGAUUGGUCUAUCUCUUUCCAAAGCGUGUCUAGAAGCUGGCGCAGUAGUGGCCGUCACAGAUAUUCAGGAUCAUCCAGCUCCUGAAUUUACGCUCACCAGCGCGAAAUUUCCUGAUCGCCUCUAUUACUACCGUUGCGAUCUCACCAACGAGGAAGAAUUGAACCAAACGUUCACCCGAGUCUACAAUGAUCUAAAUCAUGUGGAAGGAAUUAUUACCGCAGCAGGAAUUUGCAUUGACAAGCCCUUCAUCGAGCAUACUUGGGAAGAUAUUCGGAGGCAGCAGUUGGUCAAUGAGACGGCCACUUUCUUCGCAGUGCAGCAUGUCACCCGAAAAAUGAAAGAACUGAACAAGAAGGGAAGCAUAGUGAUGGUCUGCUCUCAAACCGCGCAACAUGUUUCCCCCGGACACGAGCUUUCCGGCUAUGCUGGCACAAAAGGAUUCAUUUGGUCGUUCGCAAGGAAUAUCGCACACGAGCUUUCCGCUUAUGGCAUUAGAGUGAACACAAUAUCUCCAGGGUAUAUUGCAACCGAUAUGAACCUGAGUAUCGCAGCCCAUAGGCCGAACCUGCUUCGGAUCUUUCGUGAAGCUCCUCCCCUUGGUCGAGUUGGCAGCCCGGAAGACCUGAACAUGGCGGCGCUGUACCUACUGAGCGAUGGAUCGUCAUAUGUUACUGGCCAAGAUCUAGUUGUUGACGGAGGUAUGCAGGUCUCCUCAGGAAAUUACAAGUCCCAGCUCUAG